AUGACACUGAACGUCAGUGCCUAUGGCCUGGAGACAGCCCGCACCCCGUCCUACGUCAGCCCAUCCUUCGGUAGAGUCAAGGAGAGCAGCACUUCUGUCAUCGGUCAUCAGGGGGCAGCAGUGAACAGCAGCAUAGUCACUAAAACUGAAGCUGUGGAAAUUAAACCCGAGAAUAAGAAAGAGAAAGAGGAGCAGCAGGAGAAGGAGGAGCAGCAAAAACAGCAGGAGCAGCAGGAAAAGGAGGAGCAACAAAAACAGCAGGAGGAGCAGAAGCAAGAGGAGCAGCAGAAGCAGCAGGAGGAGCAGGAAAAGGAGGAGCAACAAAAACAGCAGGAGGAGCAAAAGCAGGAGGAGCAGCAGAAGCAAGAGGAGCAGCAGGAGAAGGAGGAGCAGCAAAAACAGCAGGAGGAGCAGCAGAAAGGAGAGGAGCAGAAGCAAGAGGAGCAGCAGAAGCAGCAGGAGGAGCAGGAAAAGGAGGAGCAACAAAAACAGCAGGAGGAGCAAAAGCAGGAGGAGCAGCAGGAGAAGGAGGAGCAGCAAAAACAGCAGGAGGAGCAGCAGAAGGAGAAGCAGCAAAAACAGCAGGAGGAGCAGGAAAAGGAGGAGCAACAAAAACAGCAGGAGGAGCAGCAGAAGGAGAAGCAACAAAAACAGCAGGAGGAGCAGGAAAAGGAGGAGCAACAAAAACAGCAGGAGGAGCAGCAGAAGGAGAAGCAACAAAAACAGCAGGAGGAGCAGCAGAAGGAGAAGCAGCAGAAGCAAGAGGAGCAGCAGGAGAAGGAGGAGCAGCAAAAACAGCAGGAGCAGCCGAAGCAGGAGGAGCAGCAAAAACAGCAGGAGGAGCAGGAAAAGGAGCAACAAAAACAGCAGGAGGAGGAGCAGCAGAAGCAAGAGGAGCAGCAGGAGAAGGAGGAGCAGCAAAAACAGCAAGAGGAGCAGGAAAAGGAGGAGCAACAAAAACAUCAGGAGGAGCAGAAGCAAGAGGAGCAGCAAAAGCAGGAGGAGCAGCAAAAAGAGCAGGAGGAGCAGGAAAAGGAGCAGCAACAAAAACAGCAGGAGGAGCAAAAGCAGGAGGAGCAGCAGAAGCAAGAGGAGCAGCGGGAGAAGGAGGAGCAGCAAAAACAGCAGGAGGAGCAGGAAAAGGAGGAGCAACAGAAACAGCAGGAGGAGCAGCAGAAGCAAGAGGAGCAGCAGGAGAAGGAGGAGCAGCAAAAAGAGCAGGACCAGCAGAAGCAGGAGGAGCAGCAGGAGAAGGAGGAGCAGCAAAAACAGCAGGAGCAGCAGAAGCAGGAGGAGCAGCAGAAGCAGAAAAAACAGCAGGAGGAGCAGGAAAAGGAGCAACAAAAACAGCAGGAGGAGAAGCAGAAGCAAGAGGAGCAGCAGGAGAAGGCGGAGCAGCAAAAACAGCAGGAGCAGCAGGAGAAGGAGGAGCAGCAAAAACAGCAGGAGCAGCAGAAGCGAGAGGAGCAGCAGAAGCAGGAGGAGCAGCAAAAACAGCAGGAGGAGCAGGAAAAGGAGGAGCAACAAAAACAGCAGGAGGAGCAGCAAAAACAGCAGGAGGAGCAGGAAAAGGAGGAGCAACAAAAACAGCAGGAGGAGCAGGAAAAGGAGGAGCAGCAAAAACAGCAGGAGGAGCAGCAGAAGCAAGAGGAGCAGCAAAAACAGCAGGAGCAGCAGAAGCAAAAGGAGCAGCAGAAGCAAGAGGAGCAGCAGGAGAAGGCGGAGCAGCAAAAACAGCAGGAGCAGCAGGAGAAGGAGGAGCAGCAAAAACAGCAGGAGCAGCAGAAGCAGAAGAAGCAGCAAAAACAGCAGGAGAAGCAGGAAAAGGAGGAGCAACAAAAACAGCAGGAGGAGCAGGAAAAGGAGGAGCAGCAAAAACAGCAGGAGGAGCAGGAAAAGGAGGAGCAGCAGAAGCAAGAGGAGCAGCAAAAACAGCAGGAGCAGCAGAAGCAAAAGGAGCAGCAGAAGCAAGAGGAGCAGCAGGAGAAGGAGGAGCAGCAAAAACAGCAGGAGCAGAAGGAGAAGCAGCAGAAGCAAGAGGAGCAGCAGAAACAGGAGGAGCAGCAAAAACAGCAGGAGGAGCACCUCUUAUCAAAUCAGACUAAAAGCAUUUUUUUUAUAGUUAAACAUGAUUCAUUUAAACUGAGUGCCCCCCCCUUGUCUUAA